AUGAUGCGACGAAGAUCUUCAUCGGAUCCUGCUGCCAGUGGCAUAAAGAGGCACUCCAGUAUCAAGCAGAAUGCCGGGAGACCUCGGCGGCAGACAAGUCCGCCGCGUCAGCCGCGUCCGUCUCGAGGCAAGUCUAUGGAUAGUGCUUUAAUGUCUGGUUGGAGACACAUCAAGGGUAUCAUGAAGAUCACUACGUUGGAUGAGAGUCUCCACAGCAAGUAUGGAUCCGCCGACUCCAAGGCUACCGGCAACAGACCUGAACACAUUACGUUCAAAAAUAUCGAAAUCCGAGAGUAUAAUCGCACGGUGGGGGAUAAUCCCUCUGUUAGUUCAGGCCCUCCCGUCACGAUUUCGUGGGAGUACAAUCCCAAUACACUGGUCCUCGCCGUGGAAGAAUACGAAAAGUCAAGACCAGUGCGAAGGACACAAAGCGAGAUGAUCUUGCCUAGAUCGAUACGCAUGGAGAUGCUUCGCAAGGAGUGGGAUGUCUCCCGCGGUCAGAUUGCCGGUGCCGUUCGAAGGGGUAUUCGGGCCAAGAACCAAAGGCGAACCACCCUUGGAAACUUGGGUAAAACCGAAAAAGUCGAGGAAAUGAUCGAAGGAGCUACCAAGACACUCCUAAAGACCCUGUUCUUGAGGAAGAGUACGUCCAAGAGGGCCAAGGAACUGGGAGAACAGAUUCAAAAAGUAAACAACCAGCGAGCUCAGAUCGUCCUACAACACACCAUGAAGGGGGAAUACGUGGAAACGGGUAUCGACGAAUCUGAUUCUUCGAGUCCAUGGUUGGCAGAAUUGAUGCCGGACGAAUCCGAAACCGACCGCGGGGCAUCGUCUCUGUUGCGACAAUGA